AGAGGGUCCGUGUGGGAUUAGACACAAGAGGAUAAACGAGCGAGGACGAUACGGCGAACCUGGACAGACGUACAAACAGAUUAAACCAUGAGUAAAGACACGGAGAUCGACAUGAAGGAAGUGGAGCUCAAUGAGAUGGACCCCGAGAAGCAGCCCAUGACAGGCGACGGCCAGGCAGCAGGCGGGGAGAAAAAUGGCAGCGUGAAGCUGAAGGUUCCUGAGGACGAGGUCACAUUCACCGGCCUGUCCAAGGAGGAGCUGAUGAAGGUUGCUGGCACUCCAGGAUGGGUGCGAACCCGUUGGGUGCUCCUGGUCCUGUUUUGGCUCGGCUGGGUCGGCAUGCUGGCCGGAGCUGUUGUGAUCAUCGUCAAGGCCCCUCGCUGCAAACCCAUCCCUGAAAUGAGCUGGUGGAACGAAGGACCUCUGUACCAGAUCUCUGACGUUGAAGCUUUCUCUGCAAACCUGGAAGGUCUUGAAGGAAAGUUGGAUGACUUGAACCAGCUAAAGGUGAAAGGCCUGGUUCUCGGCCCUAUUCACACCGUCCAGGGGAACCAGUCGUCCACUCUUGAUCUUCAAAAGAUCGACUCGCCCCUGGGAACGGAAAAGGACCUGACUGCUGUGCUUCAGAAGGCCCAGAAGAAGGGCAUCUCUGUGGUGCUAGACCUGACUCCAGACUACAUGGGAUCUAAUCCCUGGUUCACUGACGGUGCUGACGAUAUAAUGGAGAAGAUCAAGGCUGCAGCUGAGUACUGGCUGAAUUUGGGAGUUGAUGGCAUCAAGCUAUCUGACCUCACUUUUGCCACCAACUCUGCCGACUGGGCAAAACUGCGUGCCGCUGUCCAGGGCAACCGCACUGACGACGACGCAAAGAAGAGGGCACUGAUGGGUGUGGUUGAAGGCCUGUCAGCACCGGAGAUGUCUCUGCUGGUUAAUACCUCUGGUGUAGAUCUCGUCCUGUCUGAUCUGCUGAGCAAAAACCGUGGGGGUGUGGAGCGCAUCAAGGACAUGGAUACCCUGAACUCUCAGCAGAUGAGUGUGGGCUGGGGUCUCGGUGCUGCACAAAAAGACCAUCUGUCUGAAGUGGCAACAAAGGACCUAAUUCGUCUUUACCAGCUUUUGCUGUUCACCAUGCCUGGAACCCCAGUGUUUACCUACGGAGAUGAAAUUGGUCUUGAUGCAAAGGAGAUGGUUUGGGACGUAGAGAAGGAACCUUCAAAAGAUGCCCCCGCAGAUGACGCCGCUGAGGCUCUGCGUACGGAGCGUGUUACUAUCAGGAAGUGGUUCAAAUCCCUCAGCGACCUGCGAGGCAAAGAGCGCUCCCUCCUCCACGGCGACUACUACCCCCUCCACUCGUCGUCCUCCUCGCUCUCCUUCCUCCGUCUGUGGGAUCAGAGCGAGAGAUACAUCACAGCGGUGAACUGGGGAUCUCAGCCUGAGACGCUCUCGCUCAAACUGCCACCUACAGAAGGAGUACAGCUACCGGAGUCGGCUAAGGUGAAGCAGUCGACCGACCCUGAUCAGGCGGCAGAUUCCACCGUCAGCCUGGACAAAGUCACUCUGAAACCUGGACAAGCUGUCCUCCUGCAGUUCCCCUACACCGGCUAGAGGUGGCGCCAAACCACAGGGGAGCGACACAUGAGAUUUCUGUUUUUAAAAAGAUACUAAAGCCUAAUCCGUAGGAAAGAGAUGCUGCAUUGACAAGAUACAGGAUAUUUCUUUUAAUAGAACGUUCCAUCAGUUUACUUGGACAGAGCUGAAAUUAAUUGGGUCAAAGAAAACGUAGCCAUACAAAUACGAAAUAAAGGCCAGUAUGAAGUCAUUUGGAUACCUUUAGUUUAUUUUUUACUGUACGUUUACAAGAUGCAGCCGCCACAGAUGUGCACUCCUCCAUUGAGCGUUUUGUUCUUUUGUGAUCUUUUAUUGUUUCAAAUGUGUGAAAAACAUUCCAAUCCUGUUCUUUGGGGCAUUUCUGUAGAAGAGUUUUAAGAUGUUCUGUUUUAGUGACGGUUUGACUUUAUUUUGUGGGCUUUCUCAGUUUUUUUUUUUUGUUUUUUUUUUAAACUACAAGUCACGAUCAACUCUGGAAACGUGUGGCGACUCAAGUUUGUCAAGUGAACUGAUUUUGGAAAUGAAUAAACAGAAAGCUCGGCACUGA